AUGGAGACGAGCAUUCAAUUCGCAGGAGAUCCGCGGCAGUCGAGAAAGUCUAUUUCGUCCCAAGGAGUCGGUGGUGUCGUGCCGCUGCGCCAUCACUCCCUGUCACGUAAAAGAACGCACUCUAUCGACGUACGCGACAAGAUCGCCGAUUUAGAGGAUGCAGAAGACGAGGAUGCCGGGCUCCGCGACGACCGCGACUACAAGCACAAACAAAUCUUCAACGUCAGCCAGAUCUUCCUGCUGGCGUACCAGAGUGUAGGAGUCAUCUACGGUGACAUUGGGACCAGUCCGCUCUACGUGUUUUCAUCUACUUUCUCGGAAGCGCCGAGUCGCGUAGACCUCUUGGGUGCAUUGAGUCUGAUCAUCUGGUCCCUUACUUUGAUGGUUACGCUCAAGUACAUCAUCAUCAUCCUACGAGCCGACAAUGAUGGCGAGGGCGGUACCUUUAGUACUUACUCGCUGCUAGUCACACUGCAGGAAGCUAAUGCAAAGCAGGCGAAUAUCUCCAACCGCGACCCGCGCGAAGCUACCUUAGUUCGUAUGGAGCGACAGCUCACGCAAGAUCUCAGCCGCUCUACCAAACAUGUCCGCUCCACGAUCGAAAACACCCGUUUUUUUCGUGGCCUUCUCAAGACGAUCGGUGUGCUUGCAGUCGCUAUGGUCAUGGCUGAUGGCGUGCUCACGCCUGCGCAAUCCGUGCUGGGUGCCGUUCAAGGUUUGACUGUUGUCAAUGAGAGCAUCACGAAGCCCACGGUUGUGGGUGUCACAUGUGCCAUUCUUGUACUACUCUUUGUGCUGCAGCCACUUGGUAUCAGCAAAUUGACAAUGGUCUUUUCGCCGAUCGUCAUGGUUUGGUUGGCUUUCAAUGCCGGCUUUGGUGUUUACAACCUUGCCAAGUACGAUUACAAGAUCCUGAAUGCUUUCAACCCAUACUGGGCGUUUGACUAUCUCAUCCGUAAUCAGUACCAGGGGUGGCGCAGUCUUGGAGGCAUCCUGCUGUGCUUCACGGGUGUCGAGGCGCUAUUCGCUGAUAUUGGAGCGUUCACUAGACGCGCUGUGCAGAUUAGCUGGCUUGGAUAUGCCUAUCCCUGCCUUCUUCUUGCAUACUGUGGCCAAGCUGCACAUAUCAGCGAGCAUCCUGACGCAUUCUCGAAUCCCUUCUACAACAGUGUGCCGAAAGGAUGGCUCAUUCCUUCCCUCAUCGUGGCGCUUGGAGCUGCGAUUGUCGCUUCUCAGGCCAUGAUUACUGCUACUUUCUCUUACCAGCUCCUGACGCAGAUCAUGAAACUGUCGUACUUCCCCCAACUGAAAGUCGUUCACACUUCUGAAACCUAUCACGGCCAACUAUACGUUCCGGUUGCGAACUGGCUCCUUAUGGUCGGUACAGUCAUUAUCGCCGCUGUGUACAACAACACCACAUCCCUCGGUAAUGCGUACGGAGUAUGCGUCAUGUUCGUUACAUUCUUCGAUACAUGCAUGGUCACGCUUGUUGCAAUCCUCGUCUGGCGCAUCAAACCAUACUUCGUCUUGUUACCUUGGCUCUUUAUUGCCAGUAUGGACGGCGCGUUCUUAAGCUCUGCACUCCUGAAAGUACCAGAUGGCGCAUGGUUCACGAUCCUACUGGCAAUGGUGCUAGCGAGUGUCUUCAUCCUCUGGCGCUUUGGAAAGGAGCAGCAGUGGUUUGCCGAAGCCGAAGACCGCUUCCCAACCACGCAUUUCGUCAAAACAAACGACACCGGCGACCUACAGCUCACCGAAGCGUUUGGUGGAAAAAUCCUGUCCCGGGCGCAGGGCUUCGGUAUCUUCUUCGACAAAGCCGGAGAAACCACGCCCAUCAUCUUCUCCCAGUUCAUCCGCAAACUUGUCGUCGCGCCUGAAGUCAUCGUGUUCUUCCACCUGCGCCCGCUGGACCAACCCUCCGUCGCACCAACAGAUCGAUACAGUGUUACCCGACUAGCAAUGACGAAUUGCUACCGCCUCGUCGUGCGCCACGGCUACAUGGACGAGGUCAUAACGCCCGAUCUCGCCGCCUUGAUCUACGAACAGGUGCGUCAACAUGUCAUCUCUCGCGCGCUCGAUCGAGACGGCGAGAAAUCGUCAUCUUCUGCCAUCGCCACGCCCGUUGCCGCAGAUACCGGCUCUUCUAUUCGCGCACCCAUGCCUGCACCUAGUACCGGCAGCACAUCAUCGCGGCUGGAGUCGUUGGAGCGCGCGUUCAAUCACGAAGUACUGUAUAUUAUUGGCAAGGAGCAGAUGAAGGUGAAGAAGGGGACGAAUGUGGUGAGGCGGGUGUUGCUAGAGACAUUCUUGUUCCUGCGGGAUAACACGCGCGCGAAGAUUGCGAGCUUGAAAGUGCCGAUGGAUAAGGUUAUUGAGGUUGGAUUUGUUAAGGAGGUUUAG